AUGGUAAGAUUUCUGUCUUUUAAUUCUCCAAAUGAGACCGAUGUUGAUGAUAGUAAUAAAAACGGUAACAAUCUAAUGCGUAAGAUGGCGUUAGGUAGUAAGUUUGGUGAUGAGAAUGGGGGGCUGUUAAAGAAUAUUCAUUCGUUUUUGAGACCAAGGAGAAGAAAUAGUAAUACGAGCGGUAGUACGAGCCGCAGUAGUGGUAAAGAGGAGGUAUUAGACCAGGACCAGGACCAAGAUCAGGAUCAGGAUCAGGAUGAAGAUAUGAAUGUUAUGAAUUUUAAUUUUCAAGAUGGCAGUUCAAGCCCAUCAUCGUCAUCUGGAUUUAAUCAAAGUGGUAGUGCAUCACCACUGCCCGCCAUACGGAAAAGUGUUUCCACAUUAAUGACGGAUACGAAGAACACUAAUAUUAGUGGUAAUGUCAAUACUAACAAUAACCCUGUGGAUCAGAACCUGGUAAUGGAAGAACUCUUCAACCAGCCAAUUCCGCCAUCAAGAUCUUUGCACAGAAGUGGUAGUUCUGCAUCUAUAAGCCCCUCUAGAAGACCACCGGGUCUUUUUAGACAUAGCAGUCUAAGUUCAAACCGUAAAGAUCGCAAAUCAAUGAGGAAUGGUCCAAGAAUGGGCGGCAGUCUGCGUAAGAUGAGUACAAUGGAUUCACCUGUAAGUGACAUCUUCGGGCCACCGCCUCCUAAAUUUCAUUCAAGGUCAAGUAGUAACUCACUUCACACUACUAGAAGGAAGGCUAUAGAAUCUAGACUUUCACAGAGUUCCAUACCUCAUUUUUAUGAUGAAAACUGUUCAUCUGAUAAUUACCCAAGAAUUACCGCGGAAACUUUACAAACAAUUAUGGAUUACGGUAUCCAUAAACCUCAAUAUGACUCGUUCUGUAUCAUCGACUGUAGAUUCGAAUACGAGUUCAAGGGGGGUCAUAUUAGCAAUGCAUUAAACAUUUGUUCAAGGGAAGGCUUGGAACUGGAAUUUAUCCAAGAAAUACGUCCCUUCCCCACACUUUUGAUCUUUUAUUGUGAAUUCAGUGCUUACAGAAGUCCAUUAAUGGCGUCACAUUUAAGAAACUGUGAUCGUAUCUCUAAUUAUGAAGAGUACCCAAAUCUUUUCUAUCCAGAUAUUUUAAUUUUGGAAGGUGGUUAUAAAAGUUUCUUUGAUAAAUUUCCACAUCUUUGUUACCCAUGUAAUUACGUGAGAAUGAAUUCCACAGAAAAUUUAAACGAUAGAGAUCAAGAACUGGAUAGAUUCAGACAAGAUUCUAAGAAGAUGGUCUCUAGAAAUAGCUCCUCAAGCCGGAUAACUACAAUGUCAAUGUCGACGUCAUCCAUCAUUAAUAAACAGCCACUACAACCAACAAGGGGACCAUCACUCACUCAUAAAACCAACAGUUCAACGUCAUCACCUUUCUUCAAAUAUGAACCACCUCCAAAACUUUCAUUAUCCAAACAUGGAAAUAGUCCAUUUCUCAGCAGUGAUGAAUCUUGCUCUUCAAGUCGCAUGUCAUUCUCUAAUAGUCCUAACUUAAGUUCUAGCAAGAUGCUUGCUGUUGAUGCAUUGGAGGUAGAAUCUUGUUACAGUUUUGACGAUAAUGAAAGUACUUUUACAACAUCACCAGGUCCAUUUGGAACACCAACAAUGAGCGGCGGUGGUGCUGGUCAUGGUGGUGCUGGUCAUUACAACAAGCAUGAUUUGGAGUACAAUAAUAGUUCGUUAAAUCCUGUCAAGAAAUCACUAUUCCCUGAUAUUUUGCUGGAAGAAGAAAACGAAAGGGUCAAAUAA